AUGUGCUGUCCAUGCAGAGCGCAGCUUGAGACCACCUCUACCAGUUCACCGCAAGCCAAGUCACCGGCUACAAGCAGUGCUGGCGCGACCGCCGGCGCAUCCACCGCUCAGGGCGACAGGACACCUACAGCCCACAACAAACAACUUCAAAAUGUCAAGGGCCAAGACCACCCGCCGCAUCCUUCCGUAGAAGAGGUUGUAUAUGAAAGAAAUAGACGAAAUCUA